AUGUUUGGUCACUUUGCUACUGAUUGUUGGUCAAACAAGGAAAGGAAGUCAAAAGAAGCAAACAUAGCCAAAGGAGAUUCUGAUGAUAAAUCUAUGCUAUUGGUGACUACUGAAUCUGAUGAUUCAUAUUUGGCAGACUGGUGGUAUAUGGACACUGGUUGCUCAAGUCAUUUUAUUGGAAAUAAGAAACGGUUGGUUGAUUUUGACUUUAGAAAUAAGACAAAGAUCAGAUGUACUGAUGAUAAAUACCUCAAUGUUGAAGUGCCAAUUUCUGAAGAUAUUUCAGAAUCUGAAGGUUCUAAAGAUGAAUCAGAAUCAAAAGAUGAUUCUGAAGGUGAAUCUGAAGGCGAGUCUGACUCUAAAGGUGAAUCUGAUUCUAAUCCAGAUUAUGAUGGUGAUUCAGACUCUGAUGGAGAUCUAGACUCUGGGACUAUUCCAGACUCUGAAGAUGGUCAUACCUCUGAAGGUGGUACUUCUGAGGUUCCAGCAUCUGAUACUGUUCCAGCGUUCGAAGAAGAUUCUGAAUAA